CAAAUUCCCUAAAAGUGCAUAGUUCAGGAAAAUGAGUGGGUGUACCCUUCAUGAGGCACAGUUAGACACUCAGCUCAGGGUGUGUGAUAUGGAAGCUGCUCUUUGGAGACAGACUGGAGUGGAGUUAUCAGUGUGAUGAGUGUCCCUGCCCGGACAGAACAACCCUGGAGCAAGCAUCUUUUAGUUUCUGGUGCCUUUGUGAGGUCUGCAAAAGCAGAUUUCAUCACUAGGGUGGAGGAUCUGGCUGUCUGCCCCAUGUCUAAGCAUUUAGUUGUCCAUGGCUCCCCUUAUAAAUGCCACUUUGGGGCCUCAGUCAGGCACUAAACCACCAAGUUCUCAACAGGCCAGUCACUCCUCACUGCCAUGACUUCUUCGCGUAGCUCAAUGAUUCUGCUCUGCUUGAUGUGUGCCUUCCUGCUUGUGGAUGCUGUAAGUCAAGGUGGCUAUAAGGCUCAGUGCAAAAAAUUCAAGGCACCAGCCCCAGGAGAAAAGACUCAAUGCCCCAAUAUUAAAAAGCCAGUGUGUGGCACAGAUGGCCAGACCUAUAAGAACCUUUGUGAAUUCUGCAUGACUGCUAUGGAAAAGAAUGGGCAGCUUGGCUACAACCAUGAUGGAAAAUGUUAAAUCUCCAAGUAAUUCAGUGUGUAAAAUUUUCCCUGACUAAUUCACUUUCAAUAAAGACAAUAACCUUGGCAAA